CGCUCCUCUCCGGCAGCACCAGCCGCUCGCCGGGCGCGUCGCUGGCAGCUGUGACGUAACUGGUUUCUGCUGCUCCGCUACGUUGUUGAUCGGCGUGCUUUGUCCUCCUCGUCUCCUUUCCUUGGCCUCUGGUCGGCGGCGCAGAGGAGGGAGGAGGUGGACUGAAGCUCACGCAGGCGAGGAGGAGGAGGAGCAGGAGGCGCUUUAAAAGCCGAAGGAGGAAGGGUGCCGGUCUAAACAAGCGGUUCCACUUCUGUGGAGAUGAUCCACAGCCGAGUCCUUUGAGCGAAUAGUUGAAAUGGAGCAGGUCCUGGAGGAUGUGCUGGCCCUGCUGAAGGAGAACCCAGCUGGGAUCCCCCUCAAAAAGUUAGCUGUGUUCUACAACCAGACAUACCGCAGGAACCUGACUUUAUCUUCCUUGGGCUUCAAAACGAUUUCCUGCCUGGUGGAAUCUUUGAGUGAACAUCUAGUGGUGAGGGAGGACGUGGUGUUCCAUAAGAUCCACCAGCCUCACAAUCAGCCGGCAGCUGGGACGCCGGGAACAGCCACCGAGGACAACGGGCCCGCAACUCCGCCGAGGAGGAGGAGGGCGCGCGGUAGGACGGGUCGUGCUGGCCCGAGCUGCUCGGCGCCUGAACGGGACGCGAGCGCUCAUCAUGUGCCUCCCGCCGCCCACUGUCUCCCCGUCCACCCGCCGGCCGCUGCGUCCACGCCAGCAGAGACGUUGGUGAAGAACAAACCAAACGCCAACCAGCCAACUGCAGCGGCGCUGGAUCUUGAGAGAGACGCUAAAGAAGAAAAGCUGGGACAGUCCAUCGUGACCAACUUCCUCUCUGACGCCAACUUCCCAGUGCUCGGGGCGAACGUCUCCUCGACCAAAGAGAAGAAAAACAAAAUAAGAGAUGCACCCAACUUCUUUCGAGAAGCUUAUCACGCCCAGCUGAGAGAGGUCCACGGCGCCAACAUGCGGGCCGCAGAGGCCAUGGAGGAGAAUGCGCGUGGGACCAGGAGGAACAGAGUCUUGGAUCAGGAUUCUGUCAGUAGUCUGGCGCAAGAUGUGAUUCGAGACAUCGCUGCACAGGGAGAGCUGGUGACCGAAGAAAAGGUGAUAUGCGAGGUGUGCAGACUGAUGCAGAUUCCCUCUCUGGAGGCAUACGGGAUCAAACGAUGGAAAAUCCCCUCUUUAAAAGACCUUCAAUACCUAAUGAGAGAGAUCAACAUGUUCAUAGAGUCUACUGCAGCAGUCACAUCCAUCUGCACCUUGUAUGAGCUGGGCCAGUGCCUGGCUGGACUGAAGGACAAGAAGCGCUAUGAGGAGCUGAACCUGGGGCCCCUCUGCAAACUGCCCCUCAUCCACCGCAUGUUCAAGAUCGACACGAACACAAAGGAUGACGACAUUCACCAGAUCGAGACAAUUGACAUCUUGAAGCAAAUCCGUGUGUUUCGGAAGCAGCAGAACAAGCCAAAAGUGGACCUGGCUGAGUUCAUGAAGUAUCUGGCCGACCACUACAGCUGCGACUCUCCCUACGAGCUGGGCAUCAGGAUACACAGCAUCGCGCUGCCGAUAGCGACCGUACUGAAGGUGAGUCGAUGUGAGUACAGCAUCAUGGAGCAAGCCAGGGAGGUCAUCCAGAGAGAGCUGGAGCAGGACAUCUACGAGCGUCUGAGGAGGAUCAAGAAGAGUGUGUUGGAGCCGUUGCAAGGAGCAGGUUGCUUCUCCUCCACAGGCAGCCUCGACCUCAGAAGAAAGUACGCCUCCAUGCCGGCGGCCGAGGUAUCGAUGGCAGUCUUCUCAUGCGCAGAGGGGUUGUUCAAUCCCAGGAUGGCCAAGCACGUCCAGAACUUCCUUCUACAGGUGUCUGGUGACCAGCUGGCAAAGGCUCUGUUUCAGCUUGCAAUAUGUGGAGGCUCGCUGGCCGUCCCGUCCGGCCUGGUGCCCAAAGAAAAGGCCUCCAUUAGGACCGAACCAACUAAGGUGGAGGACAAACCCACCACCUCCCUCCCCAGUGAAGCCAAAGUGAAGCAGUACCUUAAAGACAGCCUCUUCUCUCAGAGCACGGCCACCACUUUGGCCCACGUGGCCUCUUUGGAGAGGAAGGUGGCCAAACACUUCCAGGUCAAAGAUUUCCUCUCUUUAGAGCAGGGCAACUUCCUGGAGUUCCUUGUGAAGCACAUGCAGCUGCUGCAGGACACUCUGGGCUCUGCUUUGCCUCUGUGCAGUGGCAGCAUGGAACAGGCAGGCAGUGGUAUCAGACCCACCAGACAAGACGUGUUUGAAUUCAUCACACAGUGUGGGGACAUAAAGUCAACUAAUCCAGACGAAGUGAGUCAGUUAGAGCUUUCCCACAUUGAGGCGGCGCUGAGAGACCACUACAGGGUCCGGGACAGUCGGGACCUUGGCUACGGCAACCUGCAAAUGCUGGCAGGCCUGGUGCAGCGUCAGAGAGCGCUGGCCGGGGCCCGACUCAGCCCGGUCCACUACGAGUCGGCCCUGUUUGCCAAGCACAGCAAGACAAGUGUGGACGGGGGGCAGGCGGUGGGGCGCCUAGGGGAGGUGUCCAAAGCCCAGGCCCUGGCCAGCUUAACCUCCUGCCCUCUACUGGAGGAUUUAAGUGAGUGGAGUCAAUGGGAACUGGUCUUCAAACAAGCCCACGGCUCCCUUGGAGAUUUCAUCGAAAGAAACGCAGCAAACACAGGCCUGGCAGCGUUGGAGGUGAGACCAGGUUUGCUCCUCAGGAUCACCACACACACAGGAGACAAGUACUUCUCCAAUGCUGCCAUGACCCUUGACCCCGUGGGCACCGCCGGCCACCUGGUGUCCAUGGUGGUAGCUGAUGGGAUCGUCAACGCUCCUACUGCCCUGCUGGCCAAUCACAUGCACACCUCCCUGGCAGCAGCCGUGGCUACAGAAGAUUUGACCCAGACUGAAGAGGACGUGUCAUGUUACAGCAAAGUAGCCAAAUUCCUCCUGGCAUGUUUGACACGAAUCCCCACCAGAACCUGCCAGGCGCUUAUGAAGCAGGUGUUUUUGGAGCCUUUCUCUCGUGUCCUGGGCCAGGCCAAGACCAAACAGGUGCUGAUCACUGUGGCCCAGUCGGACCACAAGCACAUGAACCAUCUGCAUCGACUGGGGAUCCUACUGGGCAUCACCGACUGGGUCAAAGACUACCAGAAAAAGCUGAACCCACAACCGAGCCAAGAUUGCUACACGCACACGGCACCUGUGGAACACGCCAUGUCCAAUGUGAUGGAUUCUGAGAGCGGCUCAGCUCUGAAUAUGAGUGAAGAUGAGUGUCUUGAGGACAACACCGUGGACACCAGCUUUGCCUCCUCCCAUCUCAAUCCGAGUCCACAACAAGGUGAGGGCGCUGAGGGGGGCGAGGAUGAGGAGGAGCUCUAUGAGUUGUCCACGCUGCCUAAAGGAGACACAUCAGAUGUCAGCAGUGAAGCUGAAGGAGUCCAGGACCAGUCAGAAAUGUCCAAUCCCGCCAGUGGCCGAGCCACCUCAGAUGUCCAAAGGGCCGUAGUCGAGGACAUCAGGAAGAAUGAGUUUGGUAUUGGUGUGGAAUUGACCGCUGCAGCGGAGAAGCUGAUGCAGAUCCACCAGGACCGACUCGGCCGCAGCUUAGACCGCCUGUCCACGGAACUCUACAGCAAAGACACCCACUUCGUCCUAGAACUCAUUCAGAACGCUGAUGACAACAGUUACCCGUCAGAGGUGGCUGCCGAUCCCGCGCUGGUCUUUGUGCUGAAGAAGGACAGCAUCACCGUUCUCAACAACGAGGUGGGCUUCCAGGAGAAGAACAUCAGGGCCAUCUGCGACGUGGGUCGCAGCACCAAGGGCAAACACAAAUAUGGAUACAUAGGUCAAAAGGGCAUCGGCUUCAAAUCUGUGUUUAAGGUGACGGAUUGUCCAGAAAUUCACUCCAAUGGCUUUCACGUGCAAUUCGACAAGACCUGCGGCCCCAUGGGAUACAUCCUCCCCAACUGGAAGGAGGACGGGAGGCCUGUGGACACGCACGUGAAGGACCUGCAUCAGCACAGCUGGACCACCAAGAUCUUCCUUCCUCUGCGCUCGGAGAGCCAUCAGACCAGAAACCUCUUUCAUGACGUGCACCCCUCCUUGCUGCUCUUUCUGCACCGCCUGAGAUCCAUCUCCAUCUACAAUGAGAUUGAGAAGCGCCAUGAGACCAUGACUCGAAAGGACCUGAGUCACAAUGUCUUAGAGGUGAAGCACACAGAGGGCACGGAGCGCUGGCUGGUGGUCAAAACCACUGUGCAGCCCAAGAAGAUCAAAGAAGAUGUCGACUCCACCGAGCUCGCCCUGGCGUUCCAGCUCAACGACGACGCCACAGAAGGUGACGUGAUCUGCCAACCACAGAAACAACCCGUGUUUGCCUACCUGCCCCUUCGCAGUUUUGGCUUUCGCUUUAUCAUCCAAGGUGACUUCGACAUCCCUUCCUCUCGUGAAGAUGUUGACAGAGACAGCUCGUGGAACCAAUGGCUUCGAUCCGAGAUAGCGCAGCUCUUCCUUCAGGCCAUGGACGUCUUCACUAACCACCCAGAGUUCCAGGGGCUGAAGGGCCUCAGCCGGUUCCUCCCGUUUGUCCCGCUGCCUGACGAGGUGCUGGAUUUCUUUAAGCCUGUUGCCGGGCAGAUUAUUCAGAUGCUCCGAGGCAAAGCGUUCCUGCCCACGCUCGGCUCAGACGCUACGGUUGUGUACAAGCUGCCCUCCCAAGUGGCCGUCUGUCACGACGCCGUGAUCCGCGACGUGAUCGGCGGAGACGAGCUAGAAAGGCACCUGUCUCUGUCCUACCUCCACCCGGAUCUGAGCCCCGCGACGCCCACAGCGCUGCUCACACACCUCGGGGUGCGAUCGCUGCGGGGGUCCGAUGUCACCACGGUGACCACGGCCAUGGCCAAGGAGCUGAUGGAAGACAUUCAUUCAGAUGGCGGCUUGCGUCAGCUGGCCAAGCUGCUGGUUUGCAACUUCCGGGCUCUGGAGCACGGCUACGGGGAGGAAGACAUCCUGCAAACCCUCCGGGAUCUGCCCAUCAUCCCACUGGCGGAUGGACGUGUGGUGGCACUCAAUCGGGAAGGAGUGUUCUUUCCGAUGGAGGAAACCAAGACCAGAAAGAAGGACGCUGAGGCUCAGAAAGGCCCUCUGUCGGCUUUGUACAGGGAUAUAAAUAUCGUUCACCCCUCUCUGCUGAGCUGUGUGGAGCCUCUGGAAAGCCAACAGGUUCAAGAGCUGCUUCGAAGACUGGGAGUUCAUCAACUGGAGCCUCAAGAGCUGCUGGAGCAGCACAUCUACCCAUCGAUCCAGAACCAGCAGUGGAAGCUAAAGCCCGAGGCCGUGGUGGUGAGCUACUUGGUUUUCAUCAAGCUGCAUUCCUCCUCCGGCCACGCUGGCGCCUCCACUGCAGUACCCGUCCUCACCAGCAGGGGCCUGCUGUGCCCGGCUGAGGAAAAGGUGCACUUCUCCCAGGAGUACGGCAACGUGGACCUGACCAAGGAACUAGCUGGCUGCGAAUGGGUCUUGCUGAGUCCCUGCUAUGUGCAGACAGAUGGCGACGUCGCUGGGUGGAGGGAGCUCUUCAGCAGUCUGGGAGUCAGAGAUGGUCUCAUCAUCCGCAAAGAGAGACGAACGCUCACUGCUCAAGAACUGGCCUCCUCCCCCUGGUCAGUGGAAGGUGCAGUGUGGCAUCAGAUUCCUGGAGCUGGCUAUGUGCUGGAUGACUACCCCUGUGAGGAGUUCCAGGCUCUGGCCACAGCCCAGCUUCCCGGACCCGUCCUCCUGCAGCAGAGGACGGCUUUGCUCGAGCUUUUGAUGACCAACUGGGAUAACGGGCACCGCUACUCUCAGUACCUCACAGCUCAGGUGAUCGGCGCCGAUGGACAAUCGAUCAAAAGCACCAAGUCCUCCUUCUGCCACUUCCUGAGUUGUCUUGAGUGGGUGCCGGCUUAUCGGCCACUGGAAGGAGAACAGAGAGAGAGAAAGUACCUGCGUCCAAACGCCGUGUACCUGGCCUCACCGGAGGUCACCCGCCUCCUGGGCACCCAUGUUCAUUAUGUAGACAUCGACCCCAGCGAGUUUAGCAGAGCUCUUGGAAUGAGACAAAGCAUCUCGGUGGAGGCUCUGAUUAACUACCUGAAGGAGUGGUGUGUUAAACCACGAGCAGACGGCCAGGACCAGAGACCACCCACGGAUGAGUUAGAGGGGGCCGAUUUCACUUCCACGGUCCAGCACAUCCACGAUGUCUACAACUUCAUCCAUAUGAACUGUCCCCAGAGCAGCCUGAGGGAGCUGUUCCAUCGCACCCCUGCUGUCUUCAUCGAGUACAACAGGCGAGAUGGGGGGUGGUGCUCGGGACGUUUCUACCACCUGAAGGAGGUGUGCUGGAGCGACCCGACGGCCGUGUUCCAGCGCUACAGACAGCUGAGUGUCCAGCAGCCCAUAGUCCUGGUUCCCUUCUACAACCCGCUGGACGGGAUGAAAGCCUUCUUCACCAGACUGCUGAAUGUAGAUCUCAGUCCUACUAUGAAGCAGUAUGUCGGCUUGUUGGAGGUGAUCUGUUCGUCAUCGCCUUUACCGACGGCUGAGUUGCUGCAGGACGUGUCCGUGCUCUAUGCCAAACUCGCUCAAAAGUGUAAAACAAUAUUCAGUGAGCAGGAAAACAUCCCCCAGUCCAAACUCGAUCCCAGCUACUGCUCCACGCUGAAGGGUAUGGUGUCUGAUAAGAGGGUCUUCCCCACCAAGGAUAACAGCUGGGUGACUCUGGCACACAAACCCAUGAUUGCUGACAGCAAAGAGGUUGAAAAGAUCUUCAAACCUCACAAGCAGAUCUGUCUGCUCAACCUGCCGCCAGCAGGGAAGAAGGCCCCUCCCAGGACCAAGACCGGGAACUCUGGUCCGACCACGCUGGGAGAACCAAACACCGUACCUGCCUUCAACGAGAUGGACAGAUCUUUGUUUCUGGAGAUCUGCGGGAUCCGUCAGCUGUCCCAGUGUGUCAAAAGUGUGCCUCAGACUGAGAACCUGAGACCUUGUCCGUCCAUGCAGGCCAUGGUGCACUCUGUGGUUCCUUACAUCCAGAAGUUCCUGUACCACCACAACGAGCUGACUGAAGUAUACCCAGAGCUCAUUAACAACAACAUCGGAGAGAAAAUCAAGCGACUUCACUUCGGACAGGUGGGUAAGCUUUACAUCCGCUACCAGCUGGAUGUGGCGGAUAAUGAGGAUGCACUGGUGGAAGUGCAGGAUGUUAUCUGUCUGCUGAAGGAUGACAAGGAACUCUACAUUCAGAAAGAUCACCUUUCAGCAAAGCUGGACAUCUGCAGGGAGCUGGUGAAACUCUUCUGCACAGAGAGCAGCCACAGAAAAGAGCUGAUGCGUUUCCUCAGUGGCCUGAUAACGACUCUCAAUGACCACGAGUCUCUGAUGAGAUUCCUGGCCAAGGAGGACGUCAGAGAGCUGCCAAGUGAGGAGGAGCUGUGGAAGGUCCCAGAGCCCCCCAAAGCAGAGAUGAACCUGGAGAGAGGGUUAUCAAGGAGUUACUCCUCCAUCAGCUCCCCAGAGGAGCCUGCUCGCCCUGCACAUGAGGACGGGGAGCAGACAUUGGUUUGCUGGCCUCCUCGAGCAUCCAUGCUGAGUCCGGGAGCCAGUCGCACUGGUCAGCCAGGGAGCGCGGUGGUGGAAGCCGUCAUGAAGCUGUGGCCACCUCCAGCUGGGCCCGAAUACCGAGACCCAGAUAAGGAUGGCCAUGCCAUCCCCAGGAGUCCCAGCAGCAGCAGCAGCUACGAGGGGAACCAGCCGCUCGAGGGCAGCAGGAGACCCACAGACCCCCAUCGCCCUGCCCCUGGGACCACCAACACUCCUCCAUCUCCAGAGCUCCGACAACAGAGUGACAGCACCAAGUUUGACAGAGCUCCAAAUGACCAGAAAUGCCUUCCAGCUCCCGGAGCCAUACAGGGUCCUCCAUCCGCACAGCCCGCCGAGACCGCCAUCGACCAGCCCGCUCCAAACGACCUCGGCGCCCCUGAGGCUGUGGUGGUUUCCAGUAUGUUUAAGGGUGGUGCAGAAACCCAGCGUCCUCCUAUCAACCUGGACUUCCCUCCCUGGAACAAAGGGCAGCCUCUGCCCACGCUGGAGGACAUGGAGCUGACUUGCCAGAGACCCACCACGGUGGAGUUAUCAGACGACCUGAUGGACAUGGCAGUGAUCGGUGAGUGGGGGGAGCAGCUGGUCAACUUCUACCUGUGCCACUGGAGAGACGGUGGAGACCUUGGACGACCCACAGACGUCGUGUGGUGCAACCAGAGUGGAGAGAGCGGCCAGCCCUACGACUUUAAGUUGACCUUUGGACUGGCAGGAGGGCCGGGGAUUGUGUACGUGGAAGUCAAGUCUACAAUAAAGAAGGAAAAGUCCUUCAUCCACCUCUCUGCUAACGAGCUGGACUUUGCACUGAAAGAGAAGGAGCGUUAUCACGUAUUCAGAGUUUACAGUGCAGGAGACGCCCAGAAUGUCCGCUUAUGUCGCAUUCAGAACCUGGCGCAGCAUCUCCACACCAAGGACUUGGCACUUUACCUGUUUGUAUAAGUCCUUUAUACCUUUUGUGGAGGUGUUUGCAGCAUAGAAACUCACACAUGAAAGAUGAGCCAACAGUAUAUUCUGCUUUGAAUGCUAUUUUUAUUGACUUUGACUGCACUGAUUUUAGCUUUUUCUAUGUCCAGCCAAUAUGUUAUUUUUUCUGCUGAUCUGAAAAAAGUGGCACUCCUUUUCAAUGAUUGAGUUGAUUAUAUAGUUGUUGUUAUUGAAACUAAACAGCUGUUUUUUAUCUGGUAUUUGUACAAUUAACAUAGAAGACAUUCUGGAUAUCUCUUGACCUUUUUUGAUUACUCCUACCUCACCUUUCAGCAUUCCUUCUAAAUAAAAUCCUUCUUUUAGUUGAAUGAGACUUAAAGACUCAUGGUAGUGAAA